AUGCAGAGCUCUUUUUAAGAGAAAGAAGCUCUAGUUGGCAUCUUUGAUUAAGUAAAAGAUGUAGACACAAAAAUCUUUGGCGUCAUAUUAGAAAUAUUAAGAAAAGAAAAAGCUUAAGACUGCAUUGAAUUUCUAUCAGAUAUUGGGAAUCAGAAACAAUUAGAAUUAUAAAUUUUCUAAUAAGCAGGGAAUAUCACCCAAGCUGAUAACUUGUCUCUUGUAAGAGAAGACAUGAAAUAAAUUAUAGAUGUAUUAAAAAAUUUAAAAGAUCAUGACUUCAAUACAAAGACUUUUCCUCUGAAGAAAAUGAAGAAUUUACAUUAACUCUAAAUAAAAUCAUCAAGAAAAAUAGAGGGAUCAUAGAAUUUCUCUUAUUUUUAGUUCAGCUCACAUCCAUUGAUGAAACUUUGAUAUAAUGUGGGUCUAAUUCAUUUCAUCUGUUAGUUUAAGUGAAGGUGGACCUUAGAAAAAAAAAUUUUGAAAAUAUAAAAAUCUACAAUACUUCUUUAGUGGGAGCUAAUUUUAUUAGGUGUAAUUUAAGUGGAUCCUAAUUUAAUAAUGUCAACAUAAGUGGAAUUAAUGUGAAUGAAGCAAUAUUAUUGAAUUGUAAUUGGAAGAAUUUAAGAAUCCAUGAAUUAAAUAUAUUAAAUUGUCAUACUGGAUCUGUAACAUCAGUCUGCUUUUCUAAUGAUGGAAAAACAUUAGCUUCUGGUAGUCAGGAUAAGUCUAUCUGUCUAUGGGAUGUCAAAACAGGAUAAUAAAAAG